AUGACCAUCGAGGAUCAGGUCACCAGUGUUCAUCAUGGUGCUGGGAGGGAAAAUAGUGAUAUCAAAAAUUUGGAUUCGAAGUCAGUAGAAGGUCGCAACAUUGAUGAAGAGAAACACAGCAAUGGCGAGACACGCCAAUUGCCGAACUUGCAACGAAGGCUCAGAAGUCGACAUUUACAUAUGAUUGCAAUGGGUGGUGCCAUAGGAACAGGCCUUUUCAUCGGCAGUGGAUCAGCAAUCCACACCGCAGGCCCUGUGGGCGCCUUAAUCGCAUUUGCAUUCGUCGGAUCGAUUGUGUACUCGAUCAUGACAGCCUUGGGUGAGGUAGCCACCUACCUGCCGAUUCCAGGAGCAUUUGCUACAUAUGCGACUCGGCUAGUAGAUCCCAGUCUCGGCUUCGCGAUGGGCUGGAUCUACUGGUUUUCAUGGGCGUCGACAUUCGCGCUCGAGUUGACAGCCACGGGGCUGAUCAUUCAGUACUGGGAUGAGACGAUCCCGAUAGCGAUCUUCAUCGCUAUUUUCUGGGUCGUCAUUAUCGUUUUGAACAUGUUUCCCGUCAGCUGCUAUGGCGAAGUCGAGUUCUGGCUAUCGAGCGUCAAAAUCAUCACCGUGUGCGGGUUUAUGAUCUUCGCCAUUUGUGUGAACGCAGGUGUUGGCAAGGAGGGAUAUCUUGGGUUCAGAUACUGGGUUCAUCCCGGUCCCUUCCACCCUUUUCUGAUCGAGGAUCCCAAGAAAGAUGCCCUGGCCAAAUUCAUCGGAUUUUGGGCGGUUCUGAUUACAGCCGGCUUUUCUUACCAGGGUACUGAGCUUGUCGGUAUUGCCGCAGGUGAAGCGGAGAAUCCUAGCAAGACUGUGCCAUCUGCGAUUCGGAAGACGUUCUUCCGGAUUGUCUUCUUCUUCGUGUUCACGAUCUUCUUCGUUGGAAUCGUCGUGCCAUCUGACGACCCGCGCCUGGACUCCGAUGCCACGAAUGCGAACGCCUCGCCAUUUGUCAUCGCUGCGAACAUCGCCGGUAUUCACGCCCUACCCAGUAUCAUCAACGCGGUUCUCCUCACCGUGGUGAUCUCAGCUGCAAACUCCAACGUGUACAGUGGCAGCCGCAUCCUGGUCGGGUUAGCCCACGAGGGCUUCGCGCCUCGCUUCUUUUUGCGGACCACGAAACACGGCGUGCCGUAUGCAAGUGUCGGUUUCACAGCGCUGUUCGGUCUGCUGGGCUUCCUCAAUGUGUCGAACUCCGGAGCCACGGUUUUCAACUGGCUGAUUCAGAUCGCUGGCUUGGCUGGCUUCAUUACCUGGGCUUCUCUCAACAUGUGCCAUCUGUCGUUUAUGAGGGCCUUGAAAGCGCAGGGUAUUUCCCGCGACUCUCUACCGUACAAGGCUACCUGGCAGCCUUUCUUUUCGUACUACGGCUUGUUUUUCAACAUCCUGAUCAUCAUUACUCAGGGCUUCACUGCUUUCAUUCCGUCAUUCAGCGUGACUGAUUUCUUCAUCAACUACCUCAGUCUCAUGUUGUUCGCCGUGCUGUAUAUUGGCCACAAAGUCUUGUUCCGCACGAAGUUUGUGAAGCCUGUCGAGGCCGACAUCGACCUCGGGCGAUAUGAAGAUUGA